AUGAACAGAGUACCAAGACUUCGAUUCGCGCCUUCUCCUACAGGAUCGCUUCAUCUCGGAGGUCUACGGACAGCUUUGUUCAACCAUGUCAUGGCUAAGAAACUCGGAGGGGAAUGGGCACUGAGGAUCGAGGAUACAGACCGCUCAAGGCUUGUUCCAGGUUCAGUUGACGAGAUAAGAAAGGGGCUCGAAUGGGCAGGCAUUAUGUAUAAUCAUGGCCCAGGAUUGGGCGGACCACAUGCGCCUUACACUCAGUCCGAACGACUAGAUCUAUAUCACCAGUACACCAAAAGACUCCUGGACUCCGGACAUGCUUACCGAUGCUUUUGUGGUCCAAACCGUCUCUCAGAAAUCAAAGAAAAGCUUCAAAAACUAGGAUCCAAUUCGACAUACGACCGGACCUGUCUCAAUCUCAGCGAAGAAGAAACUGCGAGGCGAGUUCGAACGGGGGAGAAGCAUGUCGUCAGAUUGAACGACACAUCCAUCCAAGACGUCAAACCCGCACCAGACCUUGUGUUUGGUACAAGUGUACAGCAUACACACGCUGGGUUACCCACGGACCCCAUCCUGCUCAAGUCGGAUUUGUUCCCAACGUAUCAUUUAGCUUCGGUCGUGGAUGACCAUGAAAUGGAGAUUACACAUGUUUUGCGCGGUGAGGAAUGGUUACCUUCUCUUCCCCUUCACUUGGAUCUCUACUCCGCACUUGGUCUCGAACCACCCAAAUUCGGACACCUUCCACUCUUACUAAAUCCCGAUGGAACCAAAAUGUCAAAGCGAAAGGGGGACGUGAGGGUUCUAGAUUACAUGGAGAAAGGCUGGGAACCCGAAGCAGUAGUCAACUGGCUCGCGCUCACGGGUUGGAAUAUUCACCGGGCGGCGUCCGAGCACGAAUCUGGCACACCAGGAGAUGUGAUGACCCUUGAACAGAUUAUACAUGCAUUCGAUAUCACACAUUUAACUCAUCGUCGUACCAUCCUCGACCCCGGAAAACUUGCCUUUUUGAAUAGACACCACUUGCACAAAAAAGCCGAAGGUACGACGGACCAGUUAAUCGCCGAGCGGGCCGCUGGAAUUAUUAGAGCCACUUACCCAGACGUUGACCCCCAGUGGUGCACCAGAGACUACAUAUCCCGCGUGCUCCGAGUUCUAUCGGCAAGUUGGUUCCAAACAAACGGUUUCAAUGGUUUACAAUUGGAAUUCGUUUUCCAGGACCGAGUGAUCAUCCUGCAAGACGUAGCAACCGCGGCUCCCUACUUCUUCAGGCCGCCAGACUAUACCUCCGGUGCAGCGAUGUCAUUGCGAAAGACGGUCAAAGGAGACGUCUAUUCACAAGUUUUGAAACAAGCCUUGAAAGCUUUGAAUUCUGUAUCGUAUGAAGAUGCGACUCGAUUGCACGAUGCUUUGGGGUCGCUUAAGGCUGAUCUUGGAGUUGGGACAAGGGACGUGAUGAAUACAAUGAGGCAUGCACUUACCGGCUCCAAGAUUGGACCUAGCGUUGUUGAGGUUCUGGGGUUGUUGGGCCCCGAGAGGACGAAUAAGCGACUAAAAGGAGCUUUGACAGAAUAA